GCAAAAAGAGCUUGCCGAAUUUUAUUCAUCUCCCUCGUAAAUUCAGGACGUAGGCUGAUUGACAACAAAAAGUGCCAUUGAAAACAUUUUAAUUUAAAUGUUUUUCUUUAGAUAAGUGCUGUGAAACAGGAGCCUGUAUUCGUGAUUUACACGGUGGAGGAAAAAAUAUGAAGAGGCGAAAUGCCGAAUCUGGCAAAAUGCGGCGCCCUAUAAAGCGCACAAAAAUACCCGAAGGAAUGUAUGGAAAUUCAAUUACCUAUGUAAAGUUCAUAAUGUCUUGGGCAAUAAUAGUAGUAGCUGAUUACAUGUUGGAGUUCAGAUUUGAGUUUCUCUACCCAUUCUGGAUAUUGCUCAGAGCACUUUAUGACUCUUUCAAAUUUCAGGGUCUUGCAUUUACAAUAAUAUUUUUAUGCAUGGCACUGACGUCAGACAUGAUAUUUUUUUUUGUGAUACCGUUGCAAUAUAUAUAUUUUUUAGCCGGUACCUAUGUGUGGGUACAAUAUGUGUGGAAUAUAUUCGGCGAGCGCGGUGUGUGCGUGCCGACGGUAGCGCUGUGCUGCCUGAUCGUAUACACGGAGGGCGCGCUGCGCGGGCGCGGCUCGCCGCCCGACGUGUGGCGCCCGCUCGCCGCGCACUGCAUCGGCUACCCCGCCAUGACGUUCGGCUUUGGGGUCAAGUCGUAUGUCAGUCAGCGGUUGCGGCAGAGGCGGCAGCGGCAAGUGCGAGCAGAAAAUGAAUUCUACUUUCAGUUGUUGAGGGAUGCGCUGCCGGAAAGCGCUCUUGAACAAAAUCAGCAAAGCAGUAAAGAAGAGCGCGUGCCGAACGGCGGCAAUACAAACGUGGGUGUCGCGGGGGGAGGUGGGGGGGCGGGGGGCGAGUUCCCGAACGAGGGGCGGCUCAACGGCUCUGUACGACGCCGCUGUAAGGAGCAUAAUGGCUGGCAUGAGCACGCGCAGCUGCAUGUUAAGCUAGAGAAGCUAGAGAAGCACCUCGCGAGCCGGGAUCGCGAGAAGGCAUCUCAAAAUGGCACUGCGCAUUCACACACAACAAACACACCGCAACAUGCGCACGCGCAUACAAAUGGAUGCGCUAAGGGUGCUGGCGCGCCGGAUGACGAACGACAUGAUAAAGGUAGUACAAAAACAAAAUGUGAAAAGAAAGAGGCUAGUACAGUAAGAGAAGAAAAGAGAAAAAAUAGAAAUAGAGAUAAGGAUAAGGAGAGUGUUGAUAGUCAUAAGAGCACAGAACAGUCAAAAGAACAUAUACUUAAAGAUAAAGAAUUAGAAAUAAAUACAAAAGAAUGUCAAAAGAGUAAUAGAGAUAGUAGUAGUAAUAAAGAGAAGGAGAAAGAAAACAAAGACAGAGAAAAAGAGAACAGAGAAAGGGAAAGAGAGAAGGAACGUGAAAAGGAGAGAGAAAGAGAAAAGGAGAGGGAGAACAAAGAAAGAGAGAAGGAAAAGGAAAGGCGGGAUCGCGAAGAGAAGUUAGCGCGCGAAUGCAGCGAGGAACUCAAGCGUGUUCGCGCGGAACUGUCCGCGGCGAAAAGCAGCGAGGCCGAGGCGAGGCGGGCACUCGCCGCGGCUGCUGCGGCGGAGCGGCAACGUCGCACUGAGCACGCGCAGUUGAAACAUGCGCACGCGCAGCUGCAGCACAAAAUGUCAACGUGGCGGAGUACAGAGCGAGCGGCGCAGGAGCGGCGGCUCAGUGAGGAGCGGCGUGCGCAGGCGCAAUGUAAACACGCCAAUGGCGAGUGCGAGAGCGUACGGUGCAGGUCGCGGCUGAGCGCGCAGGAAGCGGAAGCUGCGGCACUGCGCCGCGAGCUGCAGCGUGCGCGGGAACGAGCUGACCGCCUGCAGCGAGACCUUUCGCAUGCCGCCGACCAGGUGCGAACGCUAGAAGCGCGGCAGGAAGAAUCGGACGCAGCAGGCGCAGGCGCAGCAGCAGCAGCGGCGGCUGCGCAGGCGCACGCGUGGAACGCGUUGCAGGAACGAGCCGCGCAUUUAGAGCGCUCGUUAUCUGCAGAGACGAGGGUCAAGUUGGAUCUGUUGUCUGCGCUAGGGGACGCUAAGCGGCAUAUGCAUAUACAGGAAGGUUUAAUAUCAAGACAAGAAAAAGAAAUAGAAGAACUGAAAGCUCAAAUGCUAGCAGUCAUGCCGACGGAGUUCGUUACGCCAGUCUCCGGAACAGUGUCAAAGUUGCGGCUAAGCGAUGGUUCGCCGCUCGAUCCCAACGCGUCCGUUUACACACCAAAACAACUAUGUUCGGAUGCCUAAACAACACAUGGACUAUAGUGCUUCUAAGAUCUACAGAGGGGCAUUGCAAGUCAUUACCAUGAAGAAACAUCUGGAAAAAGUGCAAAAUGUUGAAAAUUGGACGUUAUAACCCGUCUUGAAAGUGAAUGAAUUGCAAUAGUGAAAUGUUGAUAAAUAAUAGAAUCGUGAAUGGUGUUCAGUGUUGUUACAAGGUUAACCUUUGGUUCUGUUGAAGUGACCGUUCAAGAUAUCUAAUGUACAAGUGUCGCAUUGCUCUUGAAAAUAUUUCAAUGUGACGUCACACUGUUGACGGUUGUAUUUUUUAACGACUCGGAAUUAGUGGAUGUUUGAGCGGAGACCUUUUUGACUGGCAGGUUUUUAUUUUUUCUACUAGAUUAAAAUGUCAUCAGUAUUUUUUGGGUUUCUUAAAAAUUUGCAGAUGCAAUAUGUCGGAUUUAAGGACGAUUUUCCUAUACUAUCAGUAUUAUUUAUGAGAUUAUAGACAAACAUGCAUUUAAAUUCUUCAUUUAAAUAUUUGAAACAUGCAAUUGUGUGUCGUAAGAAACUAAACUGGCAUUAUGGCAAAAUAACAUUUUUUAUUUCUUAAAAUAUCAAAGGCCAGCAAAUCCGUCACCGCUCCAAUAUCAGCCCUAAAGUAAAGACCGAGCUUGGACCGCCUGAAAACGCCUCACCGACAUCUGUAUGGGAGAUUCACUGAUCUCAAUAUUUGUUUCUCUAUAGUUUCUCACUUGGACCCCCAUACAGGCAUCGGUGAGACAACGAUACCGUGUUAAAGAGCGUUUAUUUUUUCAUUGAUGAUAAGAUUAUUCGUCCGAUAUCCUUUGUACGCAUAAUACAUAAAUACCCUCGGAAUAAGUUAGGUACAAAUACGUAUUAAACUGCGCUAGUCAUAGUAUUUUUUUGGAGAUAUUUGAACGAAUAAUUUUACCGUUCGUUCAGUCCUUCCAUUCGCUCGCUGCUGAGUUUUUAUUUUAUUCAUGUGAUAAAUUGUACAAAAUGAUCUGAUUCGUGUUUUUUCUAGUUCUAAUAAUUACUUGGAUUCUUUUUUGUUACGGCGUAGCGUCGCUCGAGCGUUGGUUCUAGAUAAGUCAAUGAAGUACAAAAUCGUUUUGUCCCAUGACAAGUAAAUACUCUUUAGAGAUAUACUUUUUUAUCUCUAGCCGAAAUGGCGUCUCAAUUGUUUCGUUGUUGUAACGUUAGUACUAGUGAUUAAAAAGGUCCUUACAAAUUUAAGAGCUUCAUUGAAUAAUGAGAAUAUAACUUUUUGAUACUACUUUUGUAAUGUGUAAGCGAUUCGUAAUACAUUGAAGCGUUUCGUUAAGUAAUAUGACGUCAUCAUGAAAAUCAAAAGUAAGACAAAAUUUCAUACUGGAGCGAAAUGUUUCAAUGUGUUAGCGGGUAUACUUAGGAAAUUAUACAUUCGUUGUUUUAAAUUUUAUUACGACGAUGCUUUGUUGGGACGCUACGCUGAUAAUAUUGUUGAUAAAAAACGGGGGAAACCAUGACAGUGACGUUUUUAGUUUUGACACCUGUCAGUUAAAGUUAUGCCAUCGUUGCCAGACCGAAAUAUGGUUGUUUAUGAAAAAAUGUGGACGAGGCUUAAAUAUUAUUUUUUUCUCUCAAUCUGACGCAAAAUUUCUCUCAGUCGAAGGAGAGAACAUAAUUACUCGUACACAUUUUUAUCCAUACUUACAUACAUUGGAAUACAGCACAUGGUUCCUCGAAAAGUUAAAUGCAUAGAUACAUUUUAUUUUUGGAAUGUUGGCAAUACUUUUUCCACACAAACGCUAAAAUUCUUUAAAAAAAGAUGUGCAUUUGAAAAAUAUGUGGCUGUUUGAAACUAACAUGCAAUACCUGUGGCAUUAAUUAAUAAUUUAUAGGGAAAUGAUUUUUUUCUCUGAGUUGGGAGGUCAUGUUCGUAGGUUUAUUUUCCAAAGUACUGAAUUGAGCUUUAAUUCUAAAUCCUAAAUGUGCAAAUUAAUUUUUAAGAUAAUUUUUAAUAGAUAUUGCAUGUUAGUGUGGCCGUGGUUGUUUUAAGGCGUAGUACACAUGGGCGAAUCUCACAUAAAAUUUAAAUUCCCUUUUCUUCUUUCCAAAAAUACAACUAACUUUAAUCUUUUCUAUUUGCUACUUCUAUGUUCUUGUACUAUUCUAAUGGACUAAAUAUUUUCAUGUUAGAGAUUCGCUAAUAAGUACCGCCUACUUUGAGAUUACGCUUCCAUAAUUUCUUCCAUUCUUUUUUCGCAUUUACUAAUUACUUAAACAAUUUAACUCUAUUGUUUCGUAGACUAUGAUAAUUGUAAUGUCCGAUCAAGGAUAACUUCUAAAAUAUUUUUAAUUUAAGUUUUUGAUACAAAAAUGAUGAUUUGAUGUUUAAUUUUACAAGUAAUGACUAUUGAACUGUAGAUUUAACGCACAUUCGACGGAAAAUCUAAAAUAACACGUAUUACAUACGAGAUUGUGACAUUUUUUGUUCUCCAAUCUAGUCUUGACUACUGCCAAUUUACACCUCACGACAUGUCGUGUCGGUCACAAAUAUCGUACGUCGGAAGAAGUGUGAAUUGGCCUAUUUAUACGCUAGGUUUAGAAUUUUUUAACAUCAAAUGCGCACUGCCCUCCAAAUACCAAGUUGAUCUUCCGUUGUUGAUAUUUUUUUUUUUUUGAAAAACAUCGGAUUGGUUUGUGUUUAAGUACUUAAAUAGGUUUAAGUUUAUUUUUUUAAGAUUUCGAACGUGGAUCAUAGACGUCAGCAGCAUAGACACGGAUAUAUUUUUUCAUGAACAAUAUUAAAAUGACCUGAGCGCGAAAAGGGAUUAAAAAUCGUACAAGUGAUUGAUUUGGAUCUUCACUAGUGAAACAUAAGCGGUAAUGAUUGUUUGUAUUAUAAACGGAUGCUGUAACAGCAAUAAAAAAUCAGACUUGCA